CCCGCACUCUAUGUGUGCAAUAACUCUUCUCUCCAUGCACAGCAAACACAAAAAUAACCACCAUUAUUCUCAUCCCUCCUCCAAAACCGCUUCUGGUAUUCCGGCCUCCAUUCCCGGUUUUCAGACACCUGUUAAUCGCUCCAACAGCUGGAACACAACUUCUGGAACUUUCUAGGGAGUGAAAAAUGGAGUCGAUACUUGCAAGAGCGUUGGAAUACACGCUUAAAUAUUGGUUGAAAUCGUUUACCAGAGAUCAGUUUAAGCUUCAAGGCCGCACUGUUCAGCUCUCCAAUUUAGAUAUUGAUGGAGAUGCGCUACAUUCGAGUCUUGGAUUGCCGCCGGCGAUUACUGUUACGACAGCUAAAUUAGGGAAAUUGGAAAUCGUGCUACCGUCUGUAAGCAAUGUGCAAGUAGAGCCAAUUGUGGUGCAAAUAGAUAGGCUUGAUUUGGUUCUUGAAGAGAAUGCAGAUGCAGAUACAAAUCAGAGUUCUAGCAGUUCUCAAUCCACUAGUAGUUCAGGGAGGGGGAGCGGCUAUGGAUUUGCUGAUAAGAUUGCGGAUGGGAUGACGAUAGAAGUACAGACUGUCAAUCUUCUUCUUGAAACUCGAGGAGGCGGUCGUCGCCAAGGUGGAGCAACAUGGACACCUCCUAUGGCAUCGAUCACUAUGCGUAACCUUCUACUUUACACCACUAAUGAAAACUGGGAGGUUGUCAAUCUUAAAGAAGCAAGGGAUUUCUCCAGCAACAAGGAUUUCAUAUAUGUCUUUAAAAAACUUGAAUGGGGAUCUCUGUCCAUUGAUCUCCUUCCUCACCCUGACAUGUUUAUGGAUGCUCGUGUUCAAGAGGGAGCAAGUAAGAGAGACGAUGAUGGAGCAAACCGUUUGUUCUUCGGUGGUGAACGCUUUCUUGAGGGGAUAUCAGGACAGGCUUAUAUAACAGUACAGAGGACACAGCUUAAUGAUCCUCUGGGGCUUGAGGCCAGGUUGCAUAUAACUGAAGCUGUUUGUCCUGCUUUGAGUGAACCAGGACUACGGGCUUUUCUUCGCUUCUUAACGGGACUUUACGUCUGCCUUAAUAGAGGAGAUGUGGAUCCGAGGAUACAACAGCGAUCUACAGAAGCAGCUGGGCGUUCAUUAGUCUCCAUUGUUGUUGACCAUGUUUUUCUCUGCAUUAGAGAUACAGAAUUCAGGAUUGAACUUCUGAUGCAAUCACUCCACUUUUCUCGGGCAAGUACAUCUGAUGGACAAAAUGCCAAAAACUUGACUCAAGUUAUGAUUGGUGGACUUUUUCUGAGGGAUACAUAUUCUCGGCCUCCAUGCACUCUAAUCCAACCAUCAAUGCAGGCAUCAGAAAAAGAUUCUCAGCAGAUUCCAAACUUUGCAAAGGACUUCUCUCCUCCAAUAUACCCACUGGGAGAUAAAUAUUGGCAAGCAAAUGAGGCUGCUUCAUUUAUAAACAUCCAUUCUCUGCAGGUGACACCCUCGCCGGCUCCUCCACUGCUCGCUUCACAGACAGUAAUUUCCUGUCUGCCUCUUCUGGUCCAUCUACAGGAGGAGUCUUGUUUGAGAAUAUGCUCCUUUUUGGCUGAUGGAAUUGUAGUCAAUUCAGGCUCUGUCUUGCCAGAUUUUUCCAUAAAUUCUCUUAUGUUCACUCUAAAAGAACUAGAUCUUACAGUUCCAUUGGAUGCCGCAAAGGAAGCUAAUAAUGCUUGCGGUGGCGAGACUGCUUUCCAGGAUUUGUUUGCUGAAGCUAAGCUUCACAUUAAAAAUCUGUUUUUGUCUGAAUCCCCUGCACUAAGUAUGAGCGUGCUUGAUUUGGAGAAGGACCCUGCUUGUUUCUGCCUCUGGAACGAUCAACCUGUUGAUGCUAGCCAGAAGAAAUGGUCUGCUGGAGCUUCGUAUGCAAGUUUGUCUCUUGAAACAUCUAAAGAUGCAGAUAGUCAGAAAUAUUCUUCUGAUUCAUCUUUGGGUUCUUGGAGAUGUGUUGAGGUGAAGGAAGCUUGUGUGGAGGUAGCUAUGGCCACUCUGGAUGGAAGCCAGCUAGUUCAUGUUCCUCCUCCUGGGGGUAUUGCAAGAUUUGGUAUAGCCUGUAAGGAAUAUUGCUCAAAUGCUUCUGUUGAGCAAUUGUUUUUUAUCCUUGAUCUGUAUGCAUAUUUUGGAAAAGUAAGUGAAAAGAUAGCAUUAGCAGGAAACAAUAGUAAAUUGACAAUUCAAAGAACUGAAUCAUGGAAUGGUGAGCUGAUUUCUAAGGCUCCCAGUGACACUGCAGUGAGCUUUGCCAUAAAGGACCUUCAAUUGAGAUUUCUGGAGGAUUCAUGCAAGACUACACAGGGAAAGCCUUUGGUUCAAUUUGUCGGGGAAGAUCUGUCCAUUAAAGUAGGCCAUAGAACCCUUGGUGGAGUCAUUGCUAUAUCAUCAAAUAUACGCUGGGAAGCUGUGGAAGUGGAUUGUUUAGAUGUGGAGGAUAAUUCUGUGAUUGGCGACGGUGCAGCAUUGACUUCAUGUACAAAUGGUUCUCUGGCGACUGCAAGUGAAUCUCCGCAGCUCAGAGCUGUCUUAUGGGUAAUGCAUAAAGAUCAGAGUAGUUCAAAUGGAAGAAAAAAACAUGCUCCUUUUCUUGAUGUAAGUGUUGUGCAUGUUAUUCCAUCUCAAGCUAGGGAUGCUGGUUGCCAUAGCUUGAAUGUGUCAGCUUGUAUUGAUGGUGUUCGUCUGGGUGGAGGAAUGAACUACGCUGAAGCUUUAUUGCAUCGAUUUGGAAUUCUUGGGCCUGACGGGGGCCCUAGUGAAGGGCUUUUGAAAGGGUUGAAGAACUUGUCUGGCGGCCCACUGUCAAUGGUUUUCAAGGCAUCACCUCAUGCUGUGGAUUAUGUGAAAGAAAACGGAACAUGUGACAGCCAUGAUAAUUUUCUCUCUCACAUGGGAAAGCCAGAUGAAGUGGAUGUGGUAGUUGAUCUGAGAAAUUGGUUGUUUGCUCUUGAAAGCGCGCAGGAGAUGGUAGAAAGAUCAUGGUUUGAUAACCGUGAAAAUACUAAUAGGGAAGACAGAUGUUGGCAUACUACUUUUAAGAGCUUGAAGAUUAAGGCAAAGAAUAGUCCAAAGGACCUAUUGAAUUGCAGUAUAAAGCCCAGUGGCGAUCAUAGAUAUCCAGUGGAACUGAUAACGAUCGGCGUUGAAGGUUUGCAGACGUUGAAGCCUCAAAUCCAAACAAGCAUCAAUGCCUCAGAGUUCCCUGUCAGUGGUAUUAAAGAAGCAGAUAUGACGAAAUUCGGAGGGGUAAAUGUUGAGGUUCAUAUGGUUGUCUCUGAAGAUGAUUGUGAUGAUGUCUCAGGCAACUGGAUGGUCGAAAACCUUAAGUUCUCUGUUGAACAACCGAUCGAGGCUGUUGUUUCCAAGAAUGAGCUACAGCAUCUUGCCUUUCUUUGUAAGUCUGAAGUUGACUCUUUUGGAAGAGUGGCUGCUGGUGUCUUGCGGCUUCUGAAGCUGGAGGGUUCAAUUGGUCAAGCAGCCAUCAAUCAACUGAGCAACCUCGGAAAUGAAGGCAUAGAUAAAAUUUUUAGCGCAAAACAUCCCAAUCGGGGUGAGAUUGAUGUCUUUGAGCAUAACCCAUCCUCAAAUGGACACGUUAAGAGCUCACAUUCAUCUGUGAGAACCAUUGUAACCUUGCUUGAGAAGGAAGUUGAGAAUUCAGAAUCCAAAUGUGCUGCCCUAAUUUCAGAAAUCGCUGAAUCAGAGACUUCCUCACAACACCUUGAUCGUGUCAAAGAACUUGGUCAACAAAUUGAAAAUGUUCGUGUGUUAUUGAAGCAGUUGAAAACUCAAGGUUAGUUUACAUAACUUUUACAUUCUUUUUGGUAAUUUUUACAUUCAGGGAACAGGGAGGAAAAUUUCCAACCCUUUCUGAAACAAUAUUGGUAAUUCUUUUUUGUACAUAGUCAUAUAAAUAUAUACAUAUAUAUCUUUAUACGAGUUUGUAGACAAAAAGCAAAUGAGGUUCAUUCAUUUGACAGGAUACUUUUGUAACUUGAAUGUGAAAUUUUGUACUUGCAAGCGCGAUAUGUAAGCAAUGAAAGUAAUUGAUGAAAAUAUUUGGCAA